CACGGGACACCCGCGAUGUGCGCGCCCCCGGUCAGUGAGACCCUGAGGCUUCGUCUCCCCGCCCUCCACCCCGCCGGGAAGCGCUCUGGACCCUCGCGUUCCAAGUGCCCCGCGGCCCCUGGCGAGGAAAAGCGUGAGAAAAGCAAACUCAAACUUCUGCCUCGCCGGGCGGAGCGAGAGGACUCGACACCAUUCAUCGUGCUCACCCUGGUCUCCGUCGUGGCCAUGGCGGGGGUCCUCCUGGCCUCCGGUGUCAUCUACUGCCUGCGCCACACCUCCCGCUCCAGGCUGCAGGACAAGCUGUCAGGACCAGGGGACCCCCCUGUCCCAGACGCCACAGCCGCCUACCAGGAGCUGUGCCGGCAGCGCAUGGCCACGCGCCCAUCGGAGCGCCCGGAGGGCCCGCACGCGGCCCGCAUCGACAGCGUCUCCUCCCAGGUCAGCGACGGGCCGGUGCCCAGCCCUUCUGCGCGGAGCAGCACGUCGUCCUGGUCAGAGGAGCCAGUGCAGCCCCACAUGGACAUCUCCACCGGCCACAUGGUCCUGGCCUACAUGGAGGACCACCUGAGGAACAAGAACCGGCUGGACAAGGAGUGGGAGGCGCUGUGCGCCUACCAGGCGGAGCCCAACAGCUCGCUCGUGGCCCAGAGGGAGGAGAACGCACCCAAGAACCGCUCCCCGGCGGUGCUGACCUAUGAUCACUCCCGGGUCCUGCUGAAGCCGGAGAACAGCCACAGCAGGUCGGACUACAUCAACGCCAGCCCCAUCACGGAUCACGACCCCAGGAACCCUGCCUACAUCGCCACCCAGGGACCACUGCCUGCCACCGUGGCCGACUUCUGGCAGAUGGUGUGGGAGAGCGGCUGCGUGGUCAUCGUCAUGCUGACCUCCCUCUCGGAGAACGGCGUCCGGCAGUGCCACCACUACUGGCCCGACGAGGGCUCCAACCUCUACCACAUCUACGAGGUGAACCUGGUCUCCGAGCACAUCUGGUGUGAGGAUUUCCUCGUGAGAAGCUUCUACCUGAAGAACCUUCAAACCAACGAGACGCGCACCGUGACCCAGUUCCACUUCCUGAGCUGGUGCGACCGCGGGGUGCCCUCCUCCGCGAGGUCGCUCCUGGAUUUCCGCAGAAAAGUAAACAAGUGCUACAGGGGCCGUUCUUGUCCAAUAAUUGUUCACUGCAGCGACGGCGCCGGCAGGAGCGGCACCUACGUCCUGAUCGACAUGGUCCUCAACAAGAUGGCCAAAGGCGCGAAGGAGAUUGACAUCGCCGCGACCCUGGAGCACCUGAGGGACCAGAGGCCGGGCAUGGUCCAGACAAAGGGCCAGUUCGAGUUCGCGCUGACGGCCGUGGCGGAGGAGGUCAACGCCAUCCUCAAGGCCCUCCCGCAGUGAGCCCGGCGGCCAGGAGGCGCCCGCACCCGGAAUGACAGUGACGUGUCUUCGGUCGCUGCGUGGUCAGCGCAGUUUACCGGUUACAAUGUGCAUUGUCGUUGAGCCAAAUCACAGUGAGGAGAGGUUUGUGGAGUCGUCCAAUCACACGGGGCAAUCACUUUAUCUGUCUUUACUUUCCUGGAAGAAAACCCUUGUCCUUAAAGCACACAUUCCCUUCCUAACUGCAAACAGCAGCGUCCUGACGAGGCAGCGGCCUUCACACUCGCACGGGCUGCGAGGGCUGGCUUGUGACUGCGGGUCUGGGGCGCGGCCGGCUCCGCAGGGAGGGGGCCGGGCUGCCAGGGCACGGAGGGAAGGCCAGCAGGUGUAACAAACCCAUUCGGCAUCUGUCCCCGAGCCGCUCAUCACCGGCGAGAGCCGCUGGCUUCUUCCGGAGUCCGAGCAGCAGUGGUUAACGUCCAGCAGCUUUGGGGCAAAUAAAAUCAUCAGCGCAUCUCCUUUCUGGCCCCACCCUGGCUGCUGGACGCCCGCCCCCGCCACUGUCCACAGCCCGUCUCUACCGCCCACCCCCGGGGACAGGCAGGGACAACUGCUCUCCCGCCUGGGGAGCGCCCACCUCCCUGGCCGCCGCCCGGGGUGAUGCCUCACGCUGACAGCCAGGCUAGAGGCACCGAAAGUAUGGAUUCACAGAGCGCGAUGGCAGGCGCAGCGACGGUCGCCCUCCCUCGGGACAGCCGGGAUGGGGGCCGGGUCCCUGAGGAGCGCUCCACCCCCCCCUCCCCCGUCAGGCCUGCUCCCCCAGGGGGUAUCGUGGGCCCGCCCGCCUCCCGAGCGCACCGCGGGCACCCACGGCCAGAAGGAGAGGCAGGGUGCCGUACCUGUCUGCCUGCGGGCGGGGUGGGCCUCCUCCCGGCCAUCAGACCCUGUCACCUAGGUCAGACCCUCGUGCGACUCGCGCACAGGUGUCCAGAGGCGAUCCGGGUUUGCCGAGGUAACACCGGACCAUCAGGUUGGCCACCGCCAGUCCCGGAAGCAGGGGUUCGUCCUGCUGAGCUGGGACCGUGGCCGUGGGAAGGCACGCAGGCAGCUGCACACACCGCGGCUUCCGCUAGGAUUAGGUGCAGGGCGUCGCGGUCCCUUCCACGCCCUGCUUGGCGCACACGCUCCUUCCGUCCCACAUAGAUGGCGUCCCACAGGCGGUCUCUGGGAGAGCGGCCUCUGGCUGGGGGGCAGGUGCCAAACGCAUUGGUGUCUGUCAGCGGUCCGUGCCGUCAUCCGCUGCAGUAGUUCCAUGUCUUCGCCAGACUUGUUUCUCCCUUUCCGGAAUCCAAAUAAUGAAUAGAAACCAAUUUAUCUGAAUAUAGGAAGCAUAUACCUACUUGUAAUUUCUAAAUUCUUAUGUUUCGAAAGAAAUCCUCCAGUGUCAGAUAUAUAGAUAUAUUUAAUGGUGUCAGAUUAAACUUUUGAUUUCACA